AUGGAAAUCUCUUCUUCCUUUUCCUCCCUGCGAUUCUCGCUGAUUGUAGCAAUCUUCUAUGCUGCUUUGCUCUGUGGUCCCAAGGUUAGUGCUACCGAAGGACUCGAAGGUUCAUUCACGCCUUCAAUGACACCGCCACCGCCACCAAAUGAUCUUCAAGAACAUUCGUUUUUCUCUCACACUGCAUUGCUUCCACCGAUCUUGUCUCAUCUUGGUUUUCACGAGCUUGCAACGGCGGCUCCGUCAUUGUCUGAUGCUUCAACCACUGCUUCAUCAACUUGGAGCGGUCCUUCCACGAUUUUUGCUCCCUCCGAUGGCUCACUCCGGACUUGCUUCUCUUGCUCUGUUCCUAACCUUCUCCGUGAACACAUUGUUCCAGGUCUGUUCACGAUCGAGUAUUUGCGGAGACUUGCUUUUGGCACCAAGAUCGAGACACUGAGUCCCGGUCGUUGUAUAACUGUCACUUCCGAUUCUGUUCAUGAGAGCAAUACUACCGGUGCCGCUGCGAAGGUCUUCAUCGGAGGCGUGGAGAUCACACAGCCGGAUCUCUUCAACAACGGAAUGAUUGUGGUUCACGGUCUUCAAGGUUUCGUCUCUACGCUAUCUCCGUUUUCUUGCGACGUAGAAAGAAUGACUUCACUCUCUUUCCCGUUCCAUCCGGAUCACCGCUCCGGUGCACAUGCUCAUGCUCACGCUCACACUCACGGAACUACGGUGCUUCCUGCUGUUAUGCGCCUCAUGCUCAGAGAUGCAAUGCUCAGGCUACGUAAUAACGGUUUCAGUAUACUCUCCCUUGCUAUGAAGGUAAAAUACGCAGAGCUCAUAACUCUCCACAACAUGACUAUUUUCGCCGUGGAUGAUCUUUCAGUAUUCUCCGGUUCUCAGUCAUAUAUCAGCAAUAUACGGUUUCAUAUCGUGCCUAACCAUUACUUGUCCAUAACUGAUCUGGAGAAGCUUCCGGUUGGUACUGCUCUGCCUACACUGGAACGAGGCCAGCCGCUUCUGAUCACAACCUCUGGUGGAGGAGUGACACUAGCACCAAUGAGAAUUAACUAUGUGAGAGUUAAGGUGGCUGACGUCAUUCGCAAUGUGAAGAUAGUUGUGCACAGUGUGUAUUUGCCAUUUCCGCAUAUCAAUCCUGUUGCGGCUGCUUAUGACUCUAUCUUAGGAGGUGAAGGACACGGAGCAUCGGAAGGAGCGGCUACUGUAUCAGAUGCUUCAGGUCUGGUGUCGGAUGGAACCUGUUCUGCUUUUGAUGGACGUGUAGGGUGUGUUACUGGCUUCACUACUGCAGGUAUGUCUCCCAUGCCUCAGGUUAAACCAAUGGUAGAGAUUGAAGAUCACCAUGGUUUAUGA